AUGUCGGCGGUGCAACGAAUGAAGGUAGCGAACGAGCGGCACAGCAAAACCAUCACGCAGCGGGGACACGUCCAGAAAACCUCGCGGCCGGUGAACGAGGAAAAAUCUCCGGUGGGUCCGUGGUUACUGGCGCUUUUCGUCUUCGUUGUUUGUGGAUCAGCCAUCUUCCAGAUCAUCCAGAGUAUCAGACAGGGCAUGUGA